GGAAAGCGCGUGUAACAAGCAAGUUUCGACGCUUGGAAUAUUAAUCCUUCGCAAACGUAAGUUACUUCGACAUUUAAACCCUAGUCAGAGUUGUAACGGUUUCAGAUUAUAUUUCGGCGUUUCUGUGCGGUUUAACAUGAUUCCUUUCAACUGAUUUUUGCGAUAAACCAUAAUGAAGAGACGAAUACGCAGUUCAAAUCACAGUUAGUAGAGGGGAUUAUUGUCGAAAUACUCGCUUGCAAAAGUUUUAAUCGUAUUGAAACCUUAAAAUCAGAAAAGGUAUUUACUUACCUGAAUUUAAAUGCUAGACGGGGUCACAGUACCGCUAACUAAAUUCUGCAUCAAAGGCAGAAUCGAAGUUAAGUUUGUAUAUGUUUUCAAUCUGUCAACACGAGGGAAGAUGACAUUCCGGAAGUGCGUGACGCGCACGAGGAGCCGCAAGGGGUGAUAUUUUUUCCCGGCAACUGGCGGCACAUCAGAGAAUUUGGAAUUGAAGGGCAAAUUCCUAGAAUAUCUUCGCCAGUUAAGCUAGAGAAAAGGUGUUAAAAAACCUCAGGAUCCAAAACAACACGUCAAUCAAAAUAUCACUUGGACCUUUUCGCUAAUGAAGAGCUAUCACGCGGCUAAGCUUGAAUUAGACAUAUAUUGAAAUAGGAACUCGUGUCAAUAAAGUAUCAGAAGUGAGUGGGAAUCGCUCCUGGUUAAAAAACUGGUUCACAGGGAUAUGCAUCUCUUCUAGUUAAGAGAAGGGAAUCAGAACUGCUUUUCAUGCAGGAACAGGUUUUCUUCGGGCUAACUACAAAACUUCAGCUUAUUUCACUCUUGACAUUGUCAAAGCGCAUUUUGUAAAGAUAACUUUUUCCGCUUUAUCAGCUUUUUUUAUAUUCUAUUCCAUUAAUAUUUAACCUCCCUCAAAAAGCCAAAUAAUAUAAAUGCUGUUGUUAAAAAAAAGCGUUUAACCUGUUUUCCUGAAUUCGCUACCCAAAGAUCACUAUGCUCAAAGGACAGGGCAAAAUUUCUAGGAGAGAGGCAUUAAUUUUUUUUCCCACGAGGUUACAAAGAGAAAAUUUGCAAUGAUUAUUAUUAAUGUAACCAUCAGGCAUACUCUACCCACGAGUUUACGGACAGCAAAUGCAGUGAUUAUUAUUAAUGUAACCAUCAGGUAUGUUCUACCCACGAGGUUACAGAGAGCAAAUGCAGUGAUUAUUAUUAACGUAACCAUCAGGUAUGUUCUACCCACGAGGUUACAAAGAGAAAAUGUAAUGAUUAUUAUUAACGUAACCUUCAGGUAUGUUCUACCCACGAGGUUACAGAGAGCAAAUGCAGUGAUUAUUAUUAAAUGUAACCGUCAGGUAUAUUCUACCCACGAGGUUACGGAGAGCAAAUGCAAUGAUUAUUAUUAACGUAACCUUCAGGUAUGUUCUACCCACGAGGUUACAAAGAGAAAAUGCAAUGAUUAUUAUUAACGUAACCUUCAGGUAUGUUCUACCCACGAGGUUACAGAGAGCAAAUGCAGUGAUUAUUAUUAAUGGAACCAUCAGGUAUGUUCUACCCACGAGGUUACAAAGAGAAAAUGCAAUUAUUAUUAUUAACGUAACCUUCAGGUAUGUUCUACCCACGAGGUUACAAAGAGAAAAUGCAAUGAUUAUUAUUAACGUAACCUUCAGGUAUGUUCUACCCACGAGGUUACAGAGAGCAAAUGCAGUGAUUAUUAUUAAUGUAACCAUCAGGUAUGUUCUAUCCACGAGGUUACAAAGAGAAAAUGCAAUGAUUAUUAUUAACGUAAACUUCAGGUAUGUUCUACCCACGAGGUUACAGAGAGCAUGCAAAUGCAGUAACAAUUAUUAGAUUUUAGUGCAACUAUCAGGUUAAGUUCCUGCAUUAAAAGAGGUUUUUGCUAGGGUUAAACAAGUUUGGCUUUCAUGAGUUUCAAGGUGCAAGAAAUUGUCAGUAUAAUUAUAGCACACAAACAUUGUCAUCUAAUUUUUCGCACGUAGCCGGAAUAACUCAAGAAAUGAAGCAUAUAUAACGAAAAAUCGUCCGCAGAUGAUCUCCAUAUUAAGUAAAUUAUACUAAACGUUGCGAAAGCUGAAAGAAAUUAUUGUUUGUAUCCGUCUUAUCCAUCGCAAAAGCGAGGGGUCAUCCAAUGACAUCCGGUAUACUAAACAGAGGUAAUACUCACGGGUUUCACGAGUUGUAUGCACUAUUUUUCGCCGAGAAACAAAUUUAAACUUCAAUUCUUACCUUACAGUAGUCCGUUCUUUUACCUUGCAUUCGACAACAAAUCUGUUAAAGGCGAACAAAGCGAUUCCGGCACUCUUCUUUAUGAUGAGUAGCAAGCCGCAGGAACUGAAGCCGCUUGACUGAAGUAAAAUCCACCGAUAUGCACGGCAUUCUCACUACAAAUAUAAACAAACGUCGCGGGGAAAAAACGACGAGGAGGAAAAAAUGCCAGGUCUUCGCCUCGGCAAUGUAUUUCAGCUACCAUGCCGGCGUAUCUCCAGAAGGUGGACUCAAAGUGGGACAAACCUUGUGAUUUUUUUUUAGAAGCCCUUUGCGCGCAAACUAAUUUAUUCUGGCGCGAAAUGAAGAUUAACAAUAUGUAUACUGAAAUCUAAUCGACGACAAGAAGAUUUUCGCACUGUAGCGCGACAUAUUAAAUGCCUGUUUUUACAAGUACGCGGAGAAAGUGGUCCACUAGUUUAACUUUUUUAAGAUGAAUGUACUCCACAAAAGCAAAAUGAAAUGUUUUAUUUCUAUGUUGUUUACGUGCCUGAUUAGAAGGCAGAGGUAAAUUCAUCAUACAGACCCCAUCGAAAUGAAAGUACACGAAUGAAACGGAAUAAGUCUGGGACGGUUUAGUUUCUACUCAGCCGCUUCUUUGCUUCUAUAACAAAAAUUUAAUGUUGCAGUCUGUUUUAAACGUUGGCAUAUCAACGCGCACAGUCACUGAAUGAAAACAACAGUCACGAUCACGUUCUUCGAAACCGACCAGACGCGCGCGACCUACCACUGUUAUGGUAAGCAAUUAUCCUAACGGUGUUAAUGUUCCCGUGACAGUCUUCGCACUGAAGGUGUAAAUGGUAAACCGAACGGUCGCUUUGAUCAUCAGAAAGACCUGUCAACUUUGAUGAUUUAACUGAUUAAAUUACGGGACAGAAAUUUUACUGCAUGCGGCUCCUCGUGACGCGCCGGAAAAGAAAUUCCUGGUAUAAGUGUUUUACGGUGCAAGUCUUUGUUGUAUGUUCGUAUAGCAUCUCGCACAUAUUCAAACUUGGUUUGUGGCGCCUGUGGCAGCAGUAAUGCUGAAUGAAUUGCGAUCAUAGAAAAGAUGUCGUGAGUCACUUGGUAUGCUCCUGACUUGUUAGUAAGGUGAGUAUGUAGGGCAAUAACCAAACAUCGACCCUACCAUGCUAAUGAUAAAAGUAAGGUUUUCUGCAUUUACGUUAGGUGAUCUUUGUUUGAUCCACAAAAUUGGCGCAUGAAAAUAAGAGUUUUUCCUCACCACCUUUAAAUGUUUGGUUUCGAGUAGCGGUGCAACAAAUCACGUGGUACCGUUCUAGAUCAACCUACUGGCUGCUCAUAGAGGGGUCCAUAAAGGCACAUUGAUUGAUGACUCUGUAUGGCCUGAACUGAAAAUAAUGUAGCAGACGUUUUCUGAGCAACGAAUGUGCAGCUUUUACACUCCUCUUUCGUUUCGAAAAUAGACGAGCACGCGAGCGAAGCGAGCGAGCGAGCGAGAGCCCCUUGCUCUACUGGUCAAUAUAUCCCCCGCGGCUUUUAUUUUCAUACGCAAAAUCGACGAUCUCCAAAGAGAAAAUAGAUGGACGAUCUCUAAUGAAAAAGUAGAGGGUCUGUGAACAGGCUACGAAGGUGCUUGCUAUUAUUUUAGUGAACUUUACAAGAGGUCUCAGAUGAUUAUGCUAACGUCAUGAAAAGUCUACUUUAGGGAAGGAGGAGGAGAUGGGUGGGUUGGUUGGCAUUGGGUUCUCCAUUAGGAUCAACCCUACACAUACAACAAUCCAUGUCUUUAUCACUACAUUUAGAGCUAGCAGACUUUGUUUGAUCCACAAAAUUGGCGCAUAAAAAUAAAAGUUUUUCCUCACCACCGCUAAAUGUUUGGUUCCGGGUGGCGGAGAACAAAUCACGUUGUUCCGUUCCGGAACAGCCUACUGGCCAUGCUGGCUGCUCAUUUAAAAAGGGUCCGUAAAGGCACAUUAAUUGAUGACUCUGUGCGGCCUGAAGAAAAUUAUAUACGCAGACGUCUUCUGAGCGACGAAGGUGCUGCCUUUACACUUCUUUUUCUUUUCGAAAAUGGCCACGGACUUCUCUCCUCGCUCCUCGCCGCUAGGCGGACGUUUUUGCCUGAGAGAUACCACCAUGAAGGAGUUUUAGCACACAAGUCAUUGCAGGUGCAGACCUACGAAAAGGGCAUUCUCCAUCUGAAAUUUUAAAUCGAAAUGAAAGGCUGUUUUCAGCCUUUUAUCUCUUUUCACCGCAACGUAUUUGGUUAAAAGAUAGUAAGUAAAAUGGCUGAGGCACUUUAAAGCAUUUUUUUUUCAUUUACGCGACGGAUUUUGACGUUAUGUAUGGUGGCCGACAACUGCCAUACGUCAACACGACAUAAAUUUGUUAAUUUUAGAUUGAACUUUAAUUAUUUUGAAUUGAAAAUAAAACGAAAGAAAAACGUCAAAUUAUUUUGUUUUUCAUUGAACUGGAACAGGAGCCCAUCAGGCUCCUGACUGGAAAUAGAUUCAUUUUGUAAAAUUUCAAAACAAACUUUGUUAUUAUGAAAUGAAAAUAAAAAUAAAAGUGAAAUAGAAGCAGAAGUGAAACUAAUUUGUUCACGGCCGGGAACAGCCAUUCAAAACAGAAAAAGUAAAAUUAUUAUGUUCGCGGCCGGGAACUGCCAUUCAAAACAAACAAAAAGUAAAAUUAAUAGGUUCAUGGCCGGGAACUGCCGUUCAAAAAAAAAAAAGAAAGAAAGAAACCUGAGACUUUUGGCGGGAGACGAUAGUCUUCCUCGCAGCCGCUCGGGCUGUGGUCACCCAAUUCUCCCCGCUGUCAUACAUUCCUUUCCCACUGACCUCGUUCACUUAAGUGUAAACAGGCUAAAUUCGUUCCCAGGUUGUCUCUCCGUUGGAGAGAAUCCUGGGAACGAGGUUGUCUUUCUAGACGUCGACGGUUUGUUAAAGGGAACCUCCACUUCAACAAAAAGAUAACUUUAAAUCACAGGAAAUAACUGUUACAGUCAAGUCAAUCUAAAAUAUUUUUAAAGAAAGCGUUUGUAUCUGAAAGAAAUAACUUUUAGAUUCGCCUAUUUUUGUUUUCAAAUUUUGCGGGCGUCGCCAUCUUGAAUAAUUGUGACGUGUAAUGGUUGCCCUAUUGUUAUUAAACAAAAGCUCUUUGUGUCAGAACAAUAGAGCAACCGUAACACGUCACAAUUAUUCAAGAUGGCGGCGCCCGCGAAAUUUGAAAGUGAAAAUAAGCGAUUUUAAAAUUCACUUUUCCUGAUAUAAACACUAUUUUUAAGACAAAUUUCGAACAAAUUUGUUUAUCAACAUAAUUUUAUUCGAUUUAAACUUAUUCUGUAGUAAGAGUGGAGGUUCCCUUUAAAGCUACAGAGGUUUUUUAGCUCAUGGAUGACGUAGUCAUGCCAUGGGCUUUUGGAGACACUCGAAUGGCACUCGAUCACUCACUCACUCACUCACUCACUCACCCACCCACUCACUUACUCACUUACUUCAUAUGGAGAAGAUGCGAUCGACAGAGUGUGAAAGAGCUAUCGAAGCCGGACGAUGUGAUUUCCUUCAGCGAAAUUAAAGCAAAUAAGCCAAAGAGUGACCAAAGAGCCUUAGCUGCAAAAAACGGUCCUCGAAUUGUAAAGCGGCGUUGACGUUUACAUGAGAAAGCAAAUUAUUUUACAACUAAAAAGAGUUAAUAAGCUUAAGGUGACCUUUGCGUUAUUAAAAGAAAUGCUGCACUGAUAACAAGGUUCUAGAAUAUUCAGGUGCACAUGCAAUCGGAUACUUACACUGUGUCGGGUUUGAAUUCCUAAGGUCAGAACAAGUGCAGCUUUGGGCAAGGAUCUAACUCCCUUAAAUGCGUGAGUGCUAUAGAGAUGCCAACAAGUUACUAUAGAAAUGCUGACGAAAUGCUUUUUAAAACAGCAAUGUACGCCAAAAAGUAGAUGCCAAAAAACAAAUGCUAAAUACCGUAUGCCAAAACACAAGUGCCAAAAAUAAAAUGCUAAAGAAAGGUAAACAUUAUCUAUCAAGUAACCAACACACAAAGAAAGUCAUAAAAUAUAAAAAAAAGAAAAAACUAAGGAGAAAGUGAAUAUGUUACAGUGCCCAAGCAGUUUAAAACAAAUGAAUUUCGAAAUGGAAUGUUUCUCAAGCCUUCAAAGUUGCUAUAAAUACAGAGGUGAUAAUCUUCAACAAUAACGAAACUCAACAAUUACCAAAUCAAAACGAAAAACUAUUUUCUUUUCCAUUGAACUGGAAAUAGAUUAAUUUUUCCUUUAUUUUCAACUCAAAACAAAACAUUUUUAUUAUCAAAUGAGAAUAAAAAUAAAAGUGAAAUAAAAGCAGACGUAAAAUUAAUAUGUUCACGGCCGGGAACUGCCAAAUAUGUCAUGGCCGGAAACUGCCAUUCAAAACAGAAAAUGUAAAAUUAGUAGGUUCGUAGCCGGGAACUGCCGUUCAAAACAGAAAAGUAAAAUUAAUAUGUUAAUGGCCGGAAAGUGCCGUUCUUUGUGUCAUUACGCAAGUAGACUAGAUCAAAGGCUCCUAGGAGCAAGCUCAUGGAUGAAUUGAAUCGUAAACGGGCAUGGGUGCUAAGUGCCACUGCUCUGGAAUUUCGUGAUUGAGUUUCGUUAUUGUUGAAGAUUAUCACCUCUGUAUUUAUAGUAACUUUGAAGGCUUGAGAAACAUUCCAUUUCGAAAUUCAUUUGUUUUAAACUGCUUGGGCACUGUAACAUAUUCACUUUCUCCUUAGUUUUUUCUUUUUUUAUAUUUCAUGACUUUCUUUGUGUGUUGGUUACUUGAUAGAUAAUGUUUACAUUUCUUUAGCAUUUUAUUUUUGGCAUGUGUUUUGGCAUACGGUAUUUAGCAUUUGUUUUUUGGCAUCUACUUUUUGGCAUACAUUGUUUGUUUUAAAAAGCAUUUCGUCAGCAUUUCUAUAGUAACUUGUUGGCAUCUCUAUAGCACUCACGCAUUUAAGGGAGUUAGAUCCUUGCCCAAAGCUGCACUUGUUCUGACCUUGGGAAUUCAAACCCGACACAGUGUAAGUAUCCGAUUGCAUGUGCACCUGAAUAUUCUAGAACCUUGUUAUCAGUGCAGCAUUUCUUUUAAUAACGCAAAGAUCACCUUAAGCUUAUUAACUCUUUUUAGUUGUAAAAUAAUUUGCUUUCUCAUGUAAACAUCAACGCCGCUUUACAAUUCGAGGACCGUUUUUUGCAGCUAAGGCUCUUUGGUCACGCUUUGGCUUAUUUGCUUUUUGCUGAAGGAAAUCACAUCGUCAGGCUUCGAUAGCUCUUUCACACUCUGUCGAUCGCAUCUUCUCCAUAUCAAGUAAUAUCGCGGAACAAAUGCGCACAAUUCGUCCAAAUAUACAACAGUGAUCCGCGCUCAAUUAUUUCAACGUCCUUUUAACAAUUCCAAGUCCAUUUCUUACAUAUGAUAUUCUCAGUUUUCAUUAGGAUAUUUCCAUUUAUACAAAACCCAUCUUCGGCUGGCCACUCUUUUGUGUCGGGAAAAAAUGUACGCCUUACUAGUACCCUCUAGAAUAUGCCAAACAUAUGCGUAAAAGGCACUUUGAACAAAAGUAAUGCUAAGUAAGGGAGGUAAGAGUAAAGUGUAUAAUUUGACUUUGAUGAAUAAAUUAAUAAGAAUCGAGUGAAUGAGUGAGUAAGUGGGUGAGUGAGUGAGUGAGUGAGUGAGUGAGUGGUCGAGUGCCAUUCGAGUGUCUCCAAAAGCCCAUGGCAUGACUACGUCAUCCAUGAGCUAAAAAACCUCUGUAGCUUUAACAAACCGUCGACGUCUAGAAAGGCAACCUCGUUCCCAGGAUUCUCUCCAACGGAGAGACAACCUGGGAACGAAUUUAGCCUGUCAACACUUAACUGAACGAGGUUAGUGGGAAAGGAAUGUAUGACAGCGGGGAGAAUUGGGUGACCCCAGCCCGAGCGGCUGCGAGGAAGACUAUCGUCUCCCGCCAAAAGUCUCAGGUUUCUUUCUUUCUGCCAGAGGAAUUUCAGAAAAAUCGUUGGAGCAGAAGUCCGAAACUAAAAGUCGCUCAAAAUUCAGCUGUGAAAUUGUUUUGGAAUUUCAAAAAUAAAUUACUAUCGGGUAGAAGGAGCCACCAGUUUGAAUUUUCGUGACAAGUAAAUUCAACGUUUUCUAAUUCUUAAAACAGAAGCCGAUUGCCUAUCGUGCUAUUCUUUAAAAGGUACUGUUUAGUUGUAGAAGCACUAUAAAUUGCUCCAAACCUUGCUCUGAGGUAGAAUUACUUGUUCUUCGACAUUUUUAAAAUAUCCCAUGGCAGUUUUGGUUCAAACUCCUGCUGCAUACAUUUUGAUGUAUUGCAAUGCAUUUUCAACGACUUUUACUUCUGUUCGUUGCUUCCAACUCAGGAAAAAAGUAUUGAGAUUGGACGCUACCUCGUACCAGAGCUCAGAUAGAACUGUCCAGCACCUUUGUUUAUGACUACAAAAUGAGCGCGAGCGGCAGUUCUGCGUGGAAUUCGCACCUCACACAGGGGGGACAAACGACAUCGAUGACCAUGCCUGUGAACCGAAUAACAUCACAGUCCAAAAUAAAAUUAUCGCAAAAAUACUGCCCGUGAAUAAAUUUACAACUCUGGAAUUUUUGUCACUCCUUCCCUCAAUGAAUGGGUAUUUUUUCUUGAUUAUUAUGUUUUGCUCUGCAAUACAUGUUUAUACAGAUCGGUUCACAGACAUGGGCAUCAUUGUCAUUCGUCCCCCCUGGCUGAGGUGCGUAUUCCUCGCACAAGUGCCGCUCGUGCUCAUUUUCUGGUCAUAAACAAAGGUGCUCGACAGUUCUAUCUGAGCUUUGAUACAAGGUAGCUUACAAUCCCAAUACCUUUUUCCUGAAUUGGAAGCAACGUACAGCAGGAAAAGCCGUUGAGGAUGCAUUGCAAUACAUCAAAAUGUGUGCAGCAGGAGUUUGAACCAAAACUGCCAAGGGAUAUUUUAAAAAUGUCGAGGAACAAGGACAACAAGUCAUUCGAAGUCAGAGCAAAGUUUUGAAGCAAUUUAUAGUGCUUCUAAAACUGAACAGUACCUUUUAAAGAAUAGCACGAUAGGCAAUCGGCUUCUGUUUUCAGAAUUAGCAAACACUGAAUUUACUUGUCCCGAAAAUUCAAACUGGUGGCUCCUUCUCGCUGAUGGUAAUUUAUUUUUGAAAUUCCAAAACAAUUUCACAGCUGAAUUUUGAGCGACUUUUAGUUUCGGACUUCUGCUCCAACGAUUUUUCUGAAAUUCCUCUGGCAUAUUUAUUAUAUCAAUUAAAGCCGAUACCAGAAAUUUCAGUAAAAAAUAUCAGCAAAAUUUUUUACUAGACGCGAUUUUCUUUGAACAGUAGGGUCCUUUUAAGCGCUAAUUUCUCGAGAAAUAUUUACCAUCAGUGAACUCGGAAUAUUUCGAAUCAUUGCCUAAUGAUAUCUGUUGUUCUUUGCAAAGUUUCGCAGCCAUCGCGUUAAAAACCAAAAAGUUAUGACGGAAAAUUUGUCACAGCUAAAUGCUCUUGUAUUAAUUACGGAGCCACCUUAAGCAGCGACGUUUUUGAGCGACGCACGUCAACCGGAAAUGGACGUUUUGCACUCUUGAGCCGUGAUUUUGAACAAAUUUUUGGGCAGAUCGUCUCUCUAAGAAUUAAGACACUUGGCAAUAUAAAUACGGUAGCGUCAAGGCUUAUUAACAGAGGAAAAGGCUCACUUCCGCUUGACGUGCGUCGUUCAAAAACGUCGCUGCUUAAGCUCCCUUAUUACCACUUAAUUAAGUCCAGGAAAGUUCAAUGAAAAUUUCCCUCCAUGUCCAAAGCUUAAAAUUAAACUAAAGAAACACUUUAUAUUAUACCUAACCUGCAUAACAAGCGUUUCCAAUAGAGUUAUUGCGCGAGUUAGCCCCUCUCGGCCCCUCCUUCCUCUUUUUUUGCCCUCCACAAACUUAGUCUCUUGCAGAAAACUCGCGCGGAAAAGCUUGCUACGCAGGCUAUUUUUAAAGUUAUUGUCCAGUCACAAUAAAGAAGAGACAGCUCGGUACGUUUGAAUGAUUAUUAUUAAAUGUUGAAACACACCUAGCUGCCACUGUGGUGGUACAAAAAUCAAUAGAAUAUUUUAAAAAUUAUGCAGCCUGAGCCCCAUUACGUAUAGAACCCAGAAAAAUCAAUAGAAAGAGAUACUCACGUCUGUAAAACAUCCGAAGUCUUCAAAUAACCACACUUCUUUGUUUGAUAAACUGCACUGAAUCCUGUUCAAAUAAGCUUAUGUACUUUCUUCAGUAAUAUGCCCAUGAAAGUCUGGUACAGAUAUUUUUAUUGAAGUACACUGUCCAUGAAAAAAAUAUAUGUAAGUCUUAUAUUAUUUCAUUACCCUGAAGUAGUUUUCGUGGUUAAAUAUAACUGUUAGAAAAACCAGAGUUGGUUUAUAAUCUUGAUGUUAGUAGGUUCUCGCAUGGAGUUUUGACUUGAAUUGCAUUGUGAAAUAUAAGCCAGCUAUUACUUUUGCAGAAAUGCACUAACCCUAUUAAGAAAAAAGGGCUUGAUCUAAUGUAAACUCUACUGUAAUAUAGAAAAAUUUUUAUAGUUUACUGAACCAGAUUUAACAAUCAGAAAAGCUCCCAAGCACGACAUACACGCCUGUUCGGAGUUGGUUUCCGUAAGCUUAACACAGUAAAACAACUAUGAAGUUUGAAGAACAACUAUUGCAUGAACCCAUAGAAAAGAAUGACACGUACCUUUUGAACAAGUUUGUGGUCUAAACUCUAUCAAAGAUAAGGGUGAAAAUAUUUGUUAACAAAAGCUGGACUGCUUCGUACAAAAAAGCAGCUUUUGUUUUCUUCAGAUCUGCGUAGUUUGUUUGUUUGCGCGGGCGGAGAGAGUUUGCAGCCGCGACAAUUUCGCGCCAAAAACAGGGUGUCUUGCUUGGGUUCAGUCUUCCAUCGUCCAAUUGUUGAGUCAUUGUUUUGCGUCGCUGUCAUUACAUGGUAUAUUGAUCGAUCAAGGCGAAAAUGAUCCACUCAAGAUAAGACAAAAAAAAUCACUUCGAAAAAGUACAUAUUCUAGAACAUUUUCAAAAAUAAUUAUAAAACAGCAAUUACAAUGAUUACCCGCCCGUGUUCGGUAUUGUCGUAUAAAUAUCUUUAAAACAGUAUUCAAAUACAGCUUUUUAAUUUCCUUUCUCAAUAUCAGUUUCGACAUAAGUGUUUGUAGACGUAAUUCAUUGCAUAUUUGCUCUCACCUUUCAGCACCAUUCAAGAGUGUUGUAAAAGUGUAGCGGUCGUAUUUGACUUCAUUUUUGACUAGUAUCAAAGGUGUGGUCACAGCUGACUACACUUUUGACUUCAUCUUUGACGUGCGUCAAAGGUAAAGUCAAAGUUACCAGCAUAUUUGACAACAACUUUGAUAAGGGUUAAAGGAAUAGCAAAGCAUUGAUUCAUUUGACUUCAUCUUUGACGCGUGUCAAAGGAGAAGUCAAAGUUGUUACCAAUUUGACUUCACCUUUACCGAGGUCAAAGGAGUAAGCAAAGAGCUUAUAUAUUUGGCGACAUCUUUGACGCGCGUCAAAGGUGAAGUCAAAGCCAAUACCAUAUUUGACUUAACUUUUGACUCGUGUCAAAAGUGCAGUAAAUCCAAUUUUUCGUCCCGUGAGCCGCCCCCUCCCCUCAGAAAAAAUAGUCCCCUGGCAGCCCAGUUAAAAAUCGCCUUUCGGCGAUUCUUGUUUUAUAUAAUUUGCUGCCAUACGGUUAAAUAUUGUGGAUUAUUUUGUACUGGAACAUACAUAAUUUAGCGUCCUUGGUUAAGCGAAAUGGCAAAGUGUAAAUUGCUUUAAGCUUGUUAGAAUCAAGACCUAGUCUGCAUAGCCUAGAGCUAGCCAAAGGUUCCUGGAAUUUCCUUUCUAUUAACCGUUUGCGAAUACUUUUGCAGCUGUUUUCAGCUGUUCGUUUCAACUUCUGCUCACUGCAAUUAGAGUCCGACCUGAGAGCUGCACGUUUCCAUUUGUCUGGAAUGGCCGUAAUAACAUUCAGUUCUAUUAUUAUUAUUUAUAAUCAUAAUUUACUGUUUCAGUUCUCAGAGAAAAGCCGAUGGAACAAAAAUGAGGUUUUUGUGGACUUGUCUUAGAAGGAGAAGGCCGGGAGCAUUUAACACGUGGUCCUUUUUGUGUGGUAUACUGAUUUCAAGCCUACCUUUCAUGGGCUAUUUCUUGUUAGGCCCUUAUUCUACAAGUCCGUCUGUCCCUGCUAACUUGUUUACCAGAAAACAAAGCCGACUGGAUUUAGUGGCAUCAGUAUCGUCUGUCCCUGCUGAAUUGUUUACCAGAAAACAAAGCCGACUGGAUUUAGUGGCAGCAUCAGUAUCAAAAGAUUUAACCUCGUUACCAGCAUGCCCGUACAAUCCAAGCUUCCUGAUCCGUGGGACGAUCGCAAGGUAUUCUGGCUGGUGGCGUAUCAAAGAAUCACUAGUUUUUCCAAGAGACGACACAGACAUGUUGAGUAGAGGCAGCCCCUGGCAUUGGUUCCAGCCCAGUCCCCUUGCGGACAGGGAAAAAGUCAGUGUGGUUGUGAAUAAGCUGUUGACUUACUUUAAGUCAAGGUAUGAAGUAGAUUCUUUAUUCUCAUGAACGAUGAGAGGGCAGCAAUAUGUGUUCCUGUUUUUUCUUAAGUUUCCGCUUUAAGAUCCGUAAAAAUCCAUUGAACAAAACGCGAAACAGAUCACCACAGUUAUUUUUCCAACAACCACUGCACUUUUCCAUGCUACUUUUAUCGUUAGCUGGGACCUUUAUAGAAAGCUGUUAAUCAUGAGCAAUACGCCCGAACUUAACUUCCUGUGCAAGUUUACAUUCUUUACUCAUAUGGGAAAUAAAAAUAAUCCUGAACAGUCCCCUUAACAGUUCUAAGGAAGCUCGGACAGGCGUCAUGUAGUAUAGAAAGCGUCACUGACUGCAGCUGUCAGUCCUGUUGUCAUCAACCUAAGCAACAGUCACCUUUCGAUUUUAGGGACUUUAAGAUCCAACGACGCGACGGCAACAAGAACGUCGCUUAAAAAGUGAAUUUGCGUUAAUUCAGUCUUUAUCGCAGUCAUUCCUACCCACUUACUUUGUCAAUUUGGGCGAACGCUCCUGGAAUUGAAUUCCUAGGGGCCAUAUCCAAGUUCAAAAAGGGGAAUAAAAUUUCGUCGUUGCUUGUUUAUGUCCCCCAUAAAACACGAACGAAAUUAGGCAUUUUCACGUCGUGGUCUUGCAAAAAUGGGCAAAGAAAUGUACAAAAAAGCGUGACGCACGCGCAAAGUUGUUGUUUCGCUUAUAAAAGCUAUUGUUUUUUUUGACGCUCUCGUUGCCGUCUGCGUCGUUGGAUCUUAAAGUCCCUUUUAAGAGGACGAGCCAGAUUUUCUAGACCCUGUUCGACUUAUUCUAGACACUUAGUAUUGCGCGCGAGUGAGCCAGUGUCAUACGAGAUGGCCGUCGUCAAACUAACACCGACUAGUUUUAGCGAGUACCGAGGUAACGAAAACGAAUUAUUAAAUGUUAGUAGAUUUAUCAUCUACCCUAAGAAAACUCAACCCGUUCAAAAAAAUAAAUAAAUAAAUAAAUAACCGUGCUGACCUUUCUGGUGAAAAAAGUACAAUGACUUUUUCCGAAAUGUCUUUUUUAAGAAUACGCUAAAAAAAUUUAAGUUAAAUCUCGCCUAUGUAGUUGUCGGGUUCGCCCUCGAACAAAGGUCUCUAAUGAUGAUAGGUGCAUAGCCUGCGUAGCAGACGUCGAAACGGGUAGGGCCGGGUUAUAGGGGAAAAAGGGAGGGGGAUUGGGGAGAGAGGGUUUUGCGCUUUCCUACUUCCUCCCUACCGGCUAUCCCUCCCCUUUUUGCGCCUGCUAAGCAGGCUAAUAUGUGCACUUAUACCAAACAACGUGGACUUUAACUCAACCGGUAGUUCCUCAAUCUUUCUGGCGGAUUUCGUCUUUCAUUUCCUUUCUCUGUUUUCCUUUUUAGGAAGUAUUACGUAAAAAAAGUUUACAAAGUGAUACAAAAAUCAGACCCCGGAAAUGGCGAUCGGUUUUUGUUGGAUCUUGAACUUGGUUUAAUGCAUGACCCAUUGAAUCGAUCAAUUCGCUUUGCACAACACGUGUACCAGAGAAACGGAAGUGAUAUAUUGUGCCAUCCUGAAGGAAUGAACUGGAACAGCAGCGCCACAGUGUAUUUUAUCCUCGCCGUCAAGAAUCAAGGACUAUGGGUACAUCAUUUCCUCAAACAGCUCACCAUUGCGAGCUUAUUAACCGGUGACACAAACUUUCACGUCGUAAUCGCUGAUUUUCAAAGUAAAGAUAUUAACAUGAGCGAGGCGUUUAGCACAUCGCUACUCCGAAGUAGGCAUACUAUCAUUAAUUUAAUGGGAAAAUUUUACAAGACUCUUGCCUUAAACAAAGCAGCCGAAGCAGUGCCUAAUGCGCAUGACAUACUUUUCGUGUUUGACCUUCACAUAGAUGUGCCGGCAGACAUCCUGGACAGCGUUCGAAAGGUUAUUCAAUUCAUUAUACCCACUACCUGAUCUGUCUUCUCAUUCGUUAAAAGUCUUCAGUUAAUUUUGGAAAUCAGCGCAACCUAAAGAUACGGAAAACGGGCAACAAAAAACAUGCAAUUUGUCUUCUGUAACAUUGCUACAAAACGAGUUAAAGAGCGAUGUGACGCGUUUUACCAGGUUGUUAACAGGUCUGAACAAGGGUGGUAAAACGCGCAUCAUCGCUUUUCAAUCGUUUUGCAGCAAUGUUGCUAAACGAGUUGCACGCUGUUGUUGCCCGUUUUACCGAAGCUUAAAGAUUUAUCUGCUAGCAUGUGGCGGAUUGACUAAUCUGUAGGUUGUUUGCGCAAUGCAUGAUGUCAAUAUGUGUUCCGUGUGACCGUUAGUCUGCUACAUAGCCGUUUUUAGUGUCGUCACGCAACGCUCCACCCCAAAAACACCUUACAUUUUUAAAAUAACGGAGCAUAAUAUCUUCUUUAAACUGCCCUAAGCACGACCAGUAUCAAAUUCCACCUUGUCAUUACGACGCUUUAUAAAACGGAUUAAAAAAAUAGGAAAUAGCAGGUAUCGAACCCAGUCCCUUCGGCUCCGAAGGUCAAGCGUUUCUCCACGUACGAGGAUGAUAGAACGGACCUUACAAUUUCAUUCAUUCAUUCAUUCAUUCAUUGAUUCAUUCACCGAAGAUAGCAGAGAGCCUUAAGCCAGUAACCUCAGAAACACUUGUUAGAUUCGGUUUUUGUGAUUUGCAGAAUAAUCAAGGUCGAGGAAGUGAUAUCAUCCGAGACCUUUGGCUGAUAACACUUACCUCGAUCUUGAUUAUUCCGGAUAUCACAGAAACCUCGUCCAAUAAUUGUUUCUAACUAGUUGACUUCCCUUUUCCUUUAUUAGCCACAAAACUGGUGUAGUAUGCGUCACAGAUGUAACGUCUCAAUGAAGCAUCGCUGGUAUCCAUAUUCUGGGCACCCAGCGGACUAAAUGAAUUACCGGAAGUGCGUUUGGAAUUUCCUUUCAACCUGAUUGGCAAAUCGACAAUUAUGGCGCUACUCAAAUCCUGAAAGAGAGACCCUGCCCCGUGCCCUGUCCUCGCGAUCACUUUUGGGGUAUAUGAGUUAAUUAUUAACGAAAGCGUUCGCUCGUUCCCAGCAUCCGCCGCUUCUCUCUUGUCUUCAGCUCUCGGGUGUUCCCCAAUCCCCACUUAGCCGUGGGAAAACCUGUGGAGGAGGCAAGCUGGAGACCCAGAACAAGGAUUUUGGCGCUGUUUCGCAGAUGGACGCAACCGGGGUUUAAUUUCGUCUUUGGCGAAGGCUAAACUGGUGCCAAGUAAAAAACUAAGAUCACCAUUCAUACCUCAGAGAAAGGCUCCUGGAAAAAGAUUAAAACAAUGAAAUCAAAUAGUAGUAAAUAUUAUCUCUCCUUCUCCUUAGAACACUAUUGCAGGUCGUAUGGUUUAUUUCCCGGCAGUUGGCCGCCUAGAUCAAGGAAGUAAUUCUGUGGAACAUCGAGGUUUCUGGCAAAUGGAUGGGUACGGACUAGUGGCGAUGUAUAAAUCAGAUUGGAUAAGAGUAGGAGGUAAGACUAAAAUAAUUUAACCUUUGCCGAAACUAGGGUAAAGCAUUAUCACACUCCAGAAUAGAAAGGAAAAGUGUAACGUCAUCUUACCACGAUAGCAAAAUUUGUGGAUCACAACAAUAGGGAGUUUUUGCUACCACAGCAGCGUGACGUAACGACUUCUCCUCCCUAUUAAGUUCAGUUAAGGGCGAGAAGAGGCAUUCGUCACGAGAGGGAAACUGGACCCAGUUAAGACCUCUGGGACCGCUGCAAGGGAGAAGGGAAAAACCGGUCCGUACCCAGUAAUAAUCCCAGAAGCAAUUGCGGUGUUACAGUGAUAUGGGCAUCUCCUUCUCGUAUAGAGAGGAGAAUUGUGACGUCACGUUACCAUGGCAGCAAAAUGUUUGGAUCACAGCAAUAGGAAGCUUAAGCAACAGCGACGGUGACGGCAACGAGAACGACCAAAAAGUAAUAAGUUUAGAUAGCAAAGCAACAACUUUGCACGUGCAUCACGCCUUUUUGUAUAUUUCUUAGCCGUCGUCGUACGAAUACGACAUGAAACUUCCUGAUUUUACGCGCCCGCUUUAUAAAGUAGGUGAAUACGGCAGAAUGUUUUUUUUUCUUAACUUAAAUACUGUCCUCUCGGAUUCAACCCGAGAAAAUUUAGCCAACAUUUGACAAAUUUAUUGAAACUGAAUAAGAUCUGAGAAGUCUGAAACAGUGCCAAUUCACUUUUUAAGUGACGUUUAUCGGUCUGUUGUCGUCCAGAAAUUUUGCUACCAUGGCAACGUGACGAAACGACUUCUCUUAACCUUAGCGAUCUGGGUAAGGGUUAGGGUCAUAUUGCGUAACGAAAUUCGAUCAAAUUUGGACAAAAUGUUGGAAGCUGAAGCUUUCUCUACCUCUAGGACCUCUCUUUGUCUCGCUUUUGCGCUCAGCUGAAGAAACAAUCACGAAUUAUGGAAUAUCGCUUCUAAAGAAAGACAUCGCGCCUGUUUUUUGGUCUGAUAUUAGCCCCAUCUGUUUUAUUUUUGUUUCACACCUCGAACAUAUUUAUAUUUUUUGACUAUUUUUUGUUUCUUUCUUGUUUUUAUUGCGCAUGUGUGUUCAACUAGGAAUGAAUACUAAAGACUACAAAUACAAGUGGGGCGGAGAAGACUGGGAUCUACUCGACCGCGUGUUAAUGGCGUCACUUGAAGUAGAGCGAAACAAGUACCCAGGCCUCUAUCAUCACUACCACCCCCACAAAAAGUGGAAUUAGACAGGAUUACGAACCAGGAUGCCCAGAUAGUCAUUAUUAACGGGUGUUAAAGUUAGCAAGCAUAAAAGCCCAGGGGCAGGACUUGGGCAGUUUUUGGGGUGGGUUUCUGCCGCACAAGAGUCCAAAUUCUGACUAAAUCCUGUUCUUGAACUCUCUUAUUCAGGAGAACGUUCGAAAUGAAUACAUGUUACCCCGCUCUUUCGAAUACAGAUACCCCGUUUUAGUAGGACCCUGCACACCCUCCUCCCCUACCUGGAGGGAGGGGGCAGGCAAAGUUAACCCCACCUCGUCCCCAGGGUUUUCCCCACCCAUUUUUAAGGGAAAAGUCCUGAGGACGAGGCUGCAAUUAACCUAAUAUAUUAAACGUGGUGUCGCUGGGCGAUUGGGUUAUUUUGUGUGGGAAGAAUUUGUUUUCCAGGCCUAAUAAUCUACUGUGAUCAAGAGCCAAAAUCAAAAUUACAGCCGUAUGACUGAGGAAAAAAGACAACAGAACCGGCGGCAAGUGUUUUUCUGCCUUCGAUGAGCCCACUGUUAGGGUACAUUUUUUCUUAGUCUGCUUUACUGCAUGCGUCUCUCUUCGUAAUCAAGAAUAUUUAUUCAGUUUAUUCUAUUUAUUUCGGUGUUGAGCAUUCUAACUUUAUUCAGGGAUAUAUAAUACAUAAAUAAGUUUGUUUUUAGAUCGGUUC